ACAAGGACCUCCUCACUCACUGAGCUGUGGACAUUUUAACAGAACUGUAGAAAUAUUAUGAUCAUCCGGAAUUUACACAUUUAUGUUUGCAAACUAAAGCGAAAGUAGGAUUUUUGAAACAAGUGGGCAUGAAUAGAGACGGAGAAAAAAGCGCUAAGACUGCGCUCCGCAGCCAGAAGCAACCCAGGGCGCACCAGCAGGCUUUGGUCCAGAAGAAGAAGAAAGAAUCGUUUAAGGAUGCUCAGAGCGGCUUCUGUCCACAGGAGACACUGUCAGGUCAGUGCGACUCUGUGAAGGAGGUGAAAACAGCGGGACUGCAGGGAAAGCGAGCCGGGAAAGUGUCAUCGAGUGUGACCGCGGAGAGCCAGAGGAGCCCCGGCGCGCAGAGGAAACUGUCCGACGCCAGCAACGCCUCGGAGGACCUGAGCAAAGACUCCGGCUGCCUGUCAGGGAAAGUCUCCUCCUCGGACAGCAGCUCGGAAAUAUCUGACUGCCCCUCGGAGGGCAACAAGAACGACUCUCCGAGCAGCGACAAUGAAUUAAGCUGGAUAGACGGCAGAGCUUACGUGAGCCCGGAGACAGGCGACGGCAAACCGUGCGCAAAGACAGCCAGAGACACCUGCGUCCUCCAGCCCAAUGCUGCUGGAGGAGGCCUCAGUUUGUUCAACUCAUCUGGGGCGUUUAUGGAUCUCAUGAUGGGGGAGACAACCGAGGAUCUUGUCAGGGAAGUGGACGACUUGAGAUCAGAAAACGAGUAUCUGAAAGACGAGGUGGAGGAGCUUCGAUGUGAGAUACUGGAAAUGCGUGACAUGUUCCAGGAGGAGGAGGUGUACCAGCUGCAGGAGCUGCGGCUGCAGCUGGAGCAGGCCAACAAGACAUGCCGCAUCCUGCAGUACCGCCUCCGAAAGGCCGAGCGUCGCAGCAUCCGAGUGGCUCAGACCGGACAGGUGGACGGAGAGCUGGUCCGGAGCAUGGAGCACGACAUCAAGGUCGCAAAGAGUGUGUCCCUCCGCCUGUUCAACGAGCUGGAAGCGGUGCAGAAGAAGAAUUCCCAGUUGGACUGGGAAAAUGAGGUUCUGCGUGAGAAAACGCAGGAGCUGGAAGUGGCCAAGCAGGUUUUACAGACCGAGGUGGAGAAAGUCAGAGAGAGCUCUUCAAAGAAGAAAAGCAUCCGAUCAGGCAGUAAGGCAGAAAAGAGGCUCUCUCAACAAAUUGAGGAUGACAGUGCCGAUCUCAAGUGCCAGCUCCACUUUGCCAAAGAGGAAUUAGCUCUAAUGUGCAAGAAGCUCACCAAGUUGGUAUCAGAGAGUGAGGCGAUGCGUGAGGAGCUGGCAAAGUACCGCUCAGCUUACGGCGAUGUAGAUGUCACCCAGUCACCAGAAGGCAAACAAAACUCAGCUCGUGCCAGAGAGGCGGAGGUCAAAGUGCAUCUGAAACUGGUGGAGGAGGAGGCCACACUCCUGAGCCGGCGCAUCGUUGAGCUGGAGGUGGAGAACCGUGGACUGAGAGCAGAAAUGAGCGACCUCAGAGAGAAAUUUGGAGGAGGAGGAGGAGGGGAAGAGGAAGAUGAAGAGAAUCGGGAUGUUGUGGAGGAAAGUGUUCCAGCAACACCGCUGGUGAAAGGCAGACAGGGGACGAAGAAAAGUUUCAAAAUGGGACCCACAAUGUGCGAGCAGGGUCAGGAAGAGGAGUCAGAAAAAGGAAAAGGUGAUGUUGAGACAUCUUUGCUUUGCAACCAGCCGCAGACUGCUUGUCACAUUACACGAGAAGGUCCAGUAGGAGGCGAGUGGGACCCUCACGAGAGUGAGAAUAACAGGAAACAAGACAGAGGACUCAAGGGGAUGAAUGUGAAAGACUUUGAAACUCUUCUUGCUCUCAGAGAUCAUUCCUGCAUUUUGAUUUCAGCCAUGCAGCUCCUCAUGACACCACCCAAAAACGGCCACAGCUCAUCUCCAUCAUGUGGUUUCACCUCUCCAACAGACGCAGACUUGAAUGGUAAAGCACAGAAGACCUUCAUAGCAGGGUCUUUAAAUGAGGCUGUGGAGCUUCUGCAGGCCAUGCUGUUGGCUUUCAUAGGGCGAGUGGAGACCCUUCUAACAGCAGAAGAUGUUGGCAAAAGCAAAGAAGGAUAUGCUCGGGACACUUUCUCUUUUCUUUGUGCCAAUCUUGAUGGUCACAAUAUGAAGGAGUCACAGAGUAAUCAGGGUUGUGCAGACGAGCUUCGCACCAAAGAGGUGAGGGAAAAAGCAAAGCAAACAAGACAAGCAUCUUCCAUCCAACGGGGCCUCGUCGACAGCUGCAGGGACCCAAAGAUGCGACUUUCAUUGCAGAUUCUGUGGAUCCUGCAUCAGUGGUGUCAAGUUAAAGGACUCGACCAGGAGGGAAAAGAGGGUAAAGACAAAACCUUAUCAGUGCUGCAAGAUUUGCUGCAAGACCUCGGUGCAGAGCUUCGGGAUAAGCGAAUUGAAUUUGACAGUGAAGCCGAAGCCGCUCCAGGCAAAGCAGCUGAGCGUUCUGUCAGCGAUGUUUUUCAUGAUGGACCACACUGCGAAGCUGACAGAAUCUGCAGCUCAAAGGGAAAAAGAUUCAGACGGCAGUUGUCUCCACACAGCUCUAAGACGAAGAACUGGUGCUAUCUGAGCCAGGAGGCUGCCCAGCUGGACCGAGAAGACCCCGUUAAGACGUGGGACCAUCUAAUUAUGCCGCUUAGCUUCCCUGAUCUAGACUUUGAGCAGAUGUCCAUGGAGAGGAGCCAUACUGCCCCAGAGAAGUCGACCUUCCGCAUCUACUACAGCCCCCCAUCAGCCCGCAGAGUCCAGCUAGCUCAGCUGAAGCUAAGUCCAGCUGUAGGCAGAGAAUCUGUGGACACCACCUCUCCCUGGUGCACACCACCGACCUCCUUCUCUCCGCUCUGUCUGGGCUCGUCGUCAAACCUGAGUGACGACAUGAAGGAAAUGACGGCAGGUUGGAGGCAGACAGUUCAGGAGAAGAGAGGGAGAUUAGGGGGCCGCUGGGUGGAUGUGGCCUGCUCAGGAACUCAGACCCACAUGAAGCCAAAGAUGGUGAGUGUUGGUCAGCAGACAGAUGGGAUUCAGGCGUCCAUCACUAUGAGAAACAGUCCUUCCAGAGUCCUGAACUCCUCCCUGGUCUCUGCUCGCUCUCACCACAUCUCUGCCUCACUGGAGGGUGUAGCAGGUCGAGUCGAGAGGCCAAGAACCUCCACCUCCUCGCCUAAACUCUACCGGAGACACUCUGCAUCUAGUCCGUCCUCUCUCGCUUCAUCCACCAAUACGAGCUCCUCCUCCUCUGCAUCCACCUCCAGAGAUCGAGCGCUGUGGAACCUGUCACACCAAAGCCACUCUGGCCUCACCUGGUCUCGACAGAACAGUCCCCGAGCAGGCGCAGGGCAGAACCACAGCUCCCUGAGUGGCGCCAAGCCUCCCAGCAAGUCUGCCAGCGGCAACCGGUAUGGUUUGGUGACAGAGUUUCUGCGCAGGGUGAGUGGCCGGGCAGACAAACCAGUGCCAGGGUCGGGGCAGAAGACUAAGGCCAGCCUGAAGACCCUGGAACGUGUUCCAACGAGGCCUCCAGCUGCCCCACUGCACAGGACCGACAGCGUGACCAGGAUCGUCAACCAGAGGUUCAUGAAGCAGAGAGAGGAAGCCAAUCGGACCCCGAGAGAGGAGAAGGGGAGCAGCCUGAACCAGAGCGUCAGACAGAACCAGAGUCCUGGCACAGCAGAGGAUGGAAGCUACGACUGCAGCUCCAGCAGCACGUUGACUUUCUGCUUCGCUCGUCCGUCUCGCACCACCCAGAGACAGACGUCAAACCCGAGCAAACUCCACCGGCACAGAUUCUCUCCUCCAGUGAGCAUGGACUCCAACUGAGGCUGAACAGGAGGAGAAACGGCAGCUUUUGCUUUGAUACCGCAGUCAGAGGCAAAAUUAACAUGUGAUCUUUAAAUGUUAACUCAGCUUUACGUGGGAUGUUUAGGAGGGCUGUGAGUAAACUGAUAAAUAGAUUUCUUUUGGUGCAAUUAAAAACAUCUCCUUUUACAGAUGGGCUUAAUCCUUAUUUCAAUCACUUAUAAUUAAUUUUAUACUGUCUGUACUGUAUUUUGUAGAGAAUAACCUCAUGUUUUGUUCAAUAAACAUCUAACAUGCUUGCA